AACAAUGCCCCAUGAUUGUUUGCCUUCCUAACAACUUCUCAAAUUACAUCGGCCAGACCCUGCAGUCACUGACAAUGAAAUCUUUGUAGCCUGUAUUGUUGCUGUUUUCUUUCAUUAAUUUUAGCUACAAGUAACUUCAGAGCGUGAUUUUAUUUAUUUAUUUAUUACAAAAACUUUAAGAGUAGUUUAUUUGGUGCAACGAUUUACUGACAUGGAUCCUGCUCAUUUUAGUCAACACGGACCUCGACAUCCGUCACACACCUGUUUGUGUUUGAACAGAGGAGGGAGGUUCCUCCUCCUCUUCCUGCUUGACCAGUGCCCUCUGUCGCUCCGCAAGUGCCCCUUGCAGGUGACACAUCACCUACUUCUGCUCCCAGUUGCUGAAGCAGAUAGAUGUGGAAGAGCCUAUGGAGGAAGAUGAGGGAUUCAAGGAAUAUGUGGGAGGAGAAGCCACACUUGCAGAUCUAGUGGUUUCUGAUGACACCAUAGAGGUCUUCUUCUCCCAAGACCCCAGUGCCUCCACUCCAGCCUACACCUGCAGUGCCUCCUCUCCAGACUCAACCUGCAGUGCCUCUCCAGCCUACACCAAUGUGCUCUUUGCAGCAAGUCCAUUUUAUUCACAGCACCUCAAGGUGGCAGAGUGGCUUCUCAACCUGGACAGCUGUUGCAUUUUCAUUUGAUUCACUCAUGACGAAUGCGCUUCCUCGGUGAUGCUGGAGGCUCCAGAGAGAAGGCAGUAGGAGAGCCGGGACGUGACUCGGGGAUGUACUCUGUCUGAUACUUGUCAAUAUAAGAAUAUGGGUGUACCCUCAGACCUGCAAUCUCAGAUGGAUGGUGAUCAGAGUCCAGCAGCGAGCGGAAGCGUAGGGCCACCUCUACCUGUCCCGGGUGGGCCCUCAGUGCAUGAAUGUCUACACAGAGGGAGACCACAAAAAGAGGAGAGAUGAAACAGAUAAUCUUGGAGAAUCUUGGGAGUUGAAGGUAUGGACAGCGCCAUCACUCUGUGGCAGUUCCUGCUUCAGUUGCUGCUGGACCAGAGUCACAAGCACCUGAUAUGUUGGACGUCCACGGAUGGCGAGUUCAAGCUUCUGAAGUCAGAGGAAGUAGCCAAGCUGUGGGGGCUACGCAAGAACAAGACCAACAUGAACUACGACAAGCUAAGCAGAGCCCUGCGCUACUACUACGACAAGAACAUCAUCAAGAAGGUGAUUGGCCAGAAGUUUGUCUAUAAGUUUGUGUCCUUCCCUGAGAUCCUGAAGAUGGACCCCCAGGCGGUGGAGAUGGGCCUGGCUUCUGGAAGGUUUCCCCUCCAGGAAGGAGAGGCCCCCGAGCUGGAAGUAGAGGAGGAGGAGGAAGAGGAAGGGGAGGAGGAGGCCCAGAGGAGGACCCUGGCAGCCCUGGGGGCUCAGCAGUGUCGGAACGACUACCUUCGCUCAGGUCUCUAUUCCUCCUUCAGCAUCAGCUCCCUUCAGAACCAGCCCGAGCUGCUCCGCGCCCUGCGGGAGCGCCAGGAGGAGCCACGCUCAGUCAUCCGCUUUGGCACCAACGCCCACGAGAGGAGCUCCCCUCCAUCUGUCAAACCCGAAUCCUACGUCUCCCCCAGGCCAUCCAAACUCCCCUCUCAUUCCCACUCCCCGUCCUCCCCCCACACCCAACCUGGCCAUAGCUGGAGCCCUGCAGCCAAAGAGGAGGAGGAGGACUCUGACCAGAGCGCUCAGCCCCUCAACCUCUCCUCUGGGCACAGGGAGCGAGCCCUGCAGCCUCCUGAAAAGAGGAGCAGCAGCAGCAGCAGCAGCAGCGGUAGAAGUAGCUCUACUUCUAGUAGUAGUAACCAAGGAGAUGGACUCCCACCAAAAAGCAAAAAGCCCAAAGCUCUGGAGAUCUCCGCCCCGUCCCUGCUACUUGCGGGGAGUGACAUCGGCUCCAUCGCCCUAAACAGCCCGGCACUGCCAUCUGGCUCCCUCACUCCUGCCUUCUUCACUGCACAGACUCCUUCUGGUUUGCUGCUGGCUCACAGUCCGCUGUUGUCAGGCAUCCACUUCUGGAGCAGCCUAAGCCCCGUCGCUCCGCUCAGCCCCGCCCGGCUGCAGGGCCACAGCUCCUUGUUCCAGUUCCCCAGCCUAAUCAACGGACACAUGCCUGUCCCCCUGCCAAACCUGGAAGGAACACCCUCCUCCCUGCUCCUGUCCCCCACCACCCACAAAUCCUGAUCCAGGGUCUAGUGAAAACCCUCCCAUCUUCACCCAUCUCUUGUUUGAAAGUUUGUCACCGUCGUCAACAUCAUCAGCAGCAAUCUCUCGUCCGUCUUGUCAUAAAAAAAAAAAAAAAUUGCUUCAGAAAAGUCCGUCGAGACAGUAUGUGACCUCACUUUUUUGCACUUGAGUUGCUUCAGAUUCCAGUGGUUGAAAGCACUUGGUAAAAGCCAUAUGCCACGAUGUCUGUGAGACGUGUGGACCUUUGUGAUAAAGUACAGCACAUUUCCACAUGACCCUGUCCACGAUGGACAGUAGCGACGUGUAGCUAGCUGUUAAAGACUAGCUAGCUGCUCCUUCUGCGCAGAGCUUGGUUUUAAUCUUGUAAAAAAAAAAAACAGAAAAAAAACAAACAACUUUUUUCCUCCUUAAAUGAUCAUCACAAUGUGAAGCUGGUUGUUUCACUUGUGGGGUAUUGUAUGUAUUGUAUGCACUAUGCUUCUCAGAUAGUACCGGCUGUGCCUUAUUGUCCUAUUUUUUCUUUUUUUUUCCAAAUCUUUUAAUGAAGACGAGAUUAUCAAAUCAAUGAAAAACCUUUGUAACACUUGUAAUGUUCUUUUUUUUUAUACUGGACUUGGUAUACAGUAUGUAUUCUGUAUAAUUUUGUAUUGUGAAGAAUGUCUUGUCAUUUUCAAUAAACAAAGCAUUGAAUGCUUGAACGCA